CCGGCACCGCACCUUCCCCACCAUGUCCCUGAUGCCUAGGACCAGGCAGGAGCUGGGUAAGUACCUCGCGACCUGAAAUAGGUACCCAAGAUUACCAGUGUCUCAUGCUAUAGGUGCCCGGGGUACUUCCCUGUCUGCCCAGAUAAUAAGUGUUGGAAGGGGGGUGGAUGUACCUGCGUAGGUGCCUGGUGGCGGUGGUAUGUACCUGUGUAUGUAUAGGUAGGUGUGUAUGUGGAAGGCAGGAGGGGACGGGACGGGAUCUGUCGUGCCUUUCUCUCCAAGAGUUGCGGCUCUACUCGGUCCCUUCGGUCCUUUCGGUCCUUUCAGUCACCUUCCUCUCUCCCUCCUUUGUCCGCUCCUCUCCUCUCUAUCUCUUCUCUAGGUCACCUAACAGGCACAAUGCGACAAACGACGACAGAUUCAAUACAACACAGCAGACGCCAUCCGACAGCCACAGCCAACUAGCCCAUCGACGACGAUUUACACGUACCCCGCCCCCACCAGUCUGGCUGCCGGAGUUGUCCACUCUGAUGAAUGAAUCGAUCGCUGUUUGAACGGUCCUCUGGCAGCCUGAGCCCCGGUGGCUUUGCUAGGCUAGUCACCUCGCGGCUCCUGAACACCUUUCAGGCUGCGCCCGGGCUCCGCUUCGAUGGCGGUGAGACAGGCACUGCUAUACGUCAUGAGGAGGAUGGCCCCGUAGCUGAGGCAGAUGCUGCUUCUUCCCUCUGGGCCCAUCAAACUGGCGUUAGUGCGUUGGCCCUCGAGCACUUCGACGGCAGAAUUCUCGCAUCGGGGGGACUGGAUGCCACCAUCAAGCUCUGGAAUCUGGAGCAGUGCGCGAAUCCAUCCACAGGGCAUACGUACACUCCAGUUGUCAGCAUCCGACGCUCAGAGCAAACCCACAGGUUUGGUAUCACCCACCUCUCCUUCUACCCCUUUGACUCGGGUGCGUUCCUGUCCACAUCCUACGACGAAACCCUCAAAGUCUGGGCGACGAAAACGGCUAGCCUGGCGGCCUCGUUUAGUUUGGGGUCCAAGGUAUAUACCCACGCUAUAUCCCCCAUCGCUUCGCAUCUGCUAGUUGCCUGCGGGACCCAGCACCCCGCCGUUCGCCUAGUAGAUCUGCGCUCUGGAGCCAAUGUGCAAUCGCUGGCCGGCCACGCGGGCGCUGUGCUCGCGGUGUCCUGGUCGCCGCGUUACGAACAUGUUCUCGCUAGCGGUAGCGUCGACGGGACCGUCAAGAUAUGGGACAUCCGCCGGGCGGGAGGGCCCAUCGGCAUGUUAGACCAGGAGGAUAGCCUGGGCCUUUACUACAACGGACUUCUCGACGCUAGCACUGCUAAGGUCAGGGUCCGCGCCUCGGCCAAGGCGCAUACGGCCCCCGUAAACGCGCUGACGUGGACCGACGACGGCGGGUACAUAGUCUCAGCCGGCCACGAUCAGCGCAUCCGCGUUUGGGACGCGGCAACAGGUAGGAACACGCUCGCGAGCUUCGGCCCGAGCAUCCGGAACCGCCAGCUGGCUAGCAUCACCCCCUUUACGUCGCCCACCGGCCUCGCCCGGCCCGGCGGCGAGCUGCUCUUUUGGCCCAACGAGACCGAGAUUCUCGUCCUCGACCUACACGACGGGCACGUCGUCACGAGGCUGAGGCCGACGGCCCCCGCCGUUGCCAGCCUCCGAUCGUCGUCGUCGUCGACCCGAUCCGUCAGGAACCGCGUCACGAGCCUGGCGUGGAGGGGCGCCGGGGCGGGAGCCAGCGAGACGAGCUCGGUCGGUGGCGCCGUCAUGGGGGGCAGUAACAUGGCCGGGGCUAUCUUCAGCGCACACCUCGACGGCCAGAUCAGGGCCUGGGUGCCGCGCCUCGAGGGAGAUGAGGACGAAGACGAAGACGAGGACGGGGAUGACGAGGCUAGCCGGGAGCGCGCAGCCAAGAGGAAGGCCCUCGACGACGUGUACAGAGGCCUGACGGGGAGGAGGAUCACGUUCGUCUAG